AUUGUACUGUAAGAUUUAUUACAGCACUCAAGCUAUCACGAGUCGCGACUUUGCAAUAAAGCUGUCGCAUUUCGACCAGACACGCUUUGGACUUUGAUCGCAUCUGGCUACACGCACGCAUACCACCCCGAGUGCAUCAUUUUUUCGGUUCAGGACGCGCGCCGAAACACAUCAUCCUCGCACAAGAUCUAUUUCUGAUCGAACAAGCCGACAGACAGUGCAGCCUCUCUCUAUUGGAGCUAUUAGAGAGCAAUUGUCGCGAUCAAUCAAUAAAAGUCAUUUGCUAGCUUCAUUUCUGCAUUCGCCAUGUCAACCCUCUUCGGAAGCGCCGCAACAACGGCGGCUGCGUCAAACACCACACAGGGCGAUCUGAGCAAAGAUGUACAAGUCGCCAACCCUCCAGAGGACAGUGUGUCAUCAAUGAAGUUCAGCCCGACGGGCGACUUCCUUUCAGUCGCAAGUUGGGACAAGAAAGUGCGAAUUUACGAGAUUGAUGGAAGCGGAAACACACAAGGAAAAGCGCUUUUUGAACACGAAGGACCAGUCUUGAGCACAUGUUGGAGUCCGGAUGGAAAGAUGGUUUUCGGCGGUGGUGCGGACAAAGCUGCGCGAGUUCUAGAUCUAGGUUCUGGCGGAUCAGCAGCACAACAAGUCGCUGCUCACGAUGCGCCUAUCAGAAGCGUGCAAUGCUGCACUAUCAACAACUCGCCCAUGCUCAUAACAGGUAGCUGGGAUAAAACAGUCAAAUACUGGGAUCUACGACAGCAACAACCUGUGGGCACCCUCGACUGUAAGGAACGUGUCUUUUCCAUGGACACCCGGAACGACCAAAUGCUGGUCAUUGGCACUGCCGAACGUCAGAUCCACGUCGUCGCUUUGAACAACCCCGGCGUCAUUCACAAAUCAGUACAAUCACCACUCAAAUGGCAAACGCGCGUCGUUUCCUGCUUCACCGACCAUACCGGGUUCGCAGUGGGUAGCAUCGAGGGUCGUUGCGCAAUCCAAUACGUCGACCCAAAGGACGACCCGAAGAAUUUCAGCUUCAAAUGCCACCGUCAAGCCGACCCGAACAACCGGGACACCAGCAACGUCUUCGCCGUCAACGCCAUCGGCUUCCACCCGCAACACGGCACCUUCAGCACCGCCGGCUCGGACGGAACUUUCAACUUCUGGGACAAGGACGCCAAACAUCGUCUAAAGGGCUACCCAGAAGUCGGCGGCACCAUCAGCUGCACAGAUUUUGACCGCACAGGAAACAUCUUCGCUUACGCCGUCAGCUACGAUUGGAGCAAAGGCCACUCCUUCAACACCCAACAGACGCCGAAUAAAAUCAUGCUGCAUCCGAUUGUCGGUGACGAGUGCAAACCUCGGCCCAAGACAGCAGCAGGAAGGAAAUAAACGAUAGGAAUAUGGUUGAAGUGUAUGCAGCGCGGUGGCGAUAAGGAUGGUUUCCUCCGCCGGCUUUGUAAUGAUAGCGAGGCGUACGGCGUUCGUUCUCCUUGUGUGGAUUUCCCCCUUCUGUUCUCAGCUCUUCUGCCCUAGCCUCCCCUAAAGACUACGCGGCAGGACAGCUCAACGGCAGCAUCUUUUUUCCAAAUCUGUAGAUAGAAUUGAAAAUAUACCAGCUUAUAUCGAACCAUGCCUUG